AGGUUCCCUUUCGCAGUGACGCUGUUUUCACGGGUAACGUUUUUCCUGAAAUGGGCAAGACGUACAAGAGCAACAAAAUGUGCUGUGUGCCUCAGUGCACACACCGUGCAGUCAAAGGCGAGGUAAGCCUUCACUCGUUUCCUUGCGACGAACGAAUGAAAAAGGAGUGGACAGCCAAACUGCGAAUUGGCAAGCCUGUAACGAAAACUAUGAAGGUGUGCAGCGCUCACUUUGUUCCCGAAGAUUUCUUCUGGGGUACAACUGCACCAGAAAUGUGGCGACCAGCCCGGCGACAAUUGAAGAAAACAGCAGCACCGUCACGGUGUCUACCUGUGCGGAGCCUUGAAAGCAAUGAUCCAGCCAGGAGCCAGGCAUCGGCUGAGAGAGCCUUCCGGGCAUCAGCAAGAGCAGCAAGACUCCCUACUCUCAACCCGCAUAAUGUCGCACCAAGGAUUCCUUGCUCAUCACCGCAGGGUAAUUCAGAAAGUGGAAGCCCAGCCUGUGAACCAUCGGAACAUGAAAGCAGCGGAAACGUCACUGAACAUACAGGGAAAGAUGAUGCCGCUGAGGCUCUUGUCCUCCUUACUGCCCACGCAAGAGAGUUUGAAAACCUGGAAAGCACUGCUGUCGAGACCCUCCUGCAGUUCAACGAGAGCCAGACUGCUGCUUCUCACAAGGCGGUGCAGGUUAAUACAGAUACAGCACCCCCUGCUAGCAGAACUCUAAUUGAUCAGUUUCACAGUGACGCUUGUGUUAAAGCCUUCACAGGUGUAGAAGAUAUGAAUCUUCUCAGGACUAUUGCUGAUGCUGUGGCCGAAUUUGAUGAAUUGAAUGCAGAAAGAAGUGUAUUAGAGCGAGUAACAAUGGUGCUUGUUCGCCUUAAGACAUUUCUGUCUUUUAGGUGCUUAGGGACAUUAUUUUCAGUAUUUGAGGCUACAGUACACCGGUAUUUUUAUGGCACAAUACGCCCCUUGGCAGCUGUCCUGGAAGCAGCUAUCCGAUGGCCGAGCAAGGCAGAAGUGCAACAGAAUCAGCCUCAGUGCUUUGUAGCGUACAGGGAUGUCAGAAUUGUGCUUGACUGCACAGAAGUAGAGGUUGAAAAAUCUCACUGUGCAUCUUGCCGCAUUCUGACUUAUUCCCACUACAAAGGGGUACACACAGUUAAAGUUUUGAUUGGCGUAUCUCCAGGUGCACUCAUCACAUUUUUGAGUGAUUGUUUUGGAGGUCGUGCCUCUGAUAAAGCGUGUGUGGAUAAUUCAGAUAUCUUGGGCAGACUAGAGCCUUUUAAGGAUGACAUCAUGGUAGACAAGGGCUUUAAUAUUGACAGUAGAUGUGCUGCUAUGGGGAUCGGUGUUGUGCAGCCUCCAUUUCUGCGUAAGCAAACACAGUUUUCCCCUGAGGAUGCUGCCAAAACACUGCAGGUUGCACGAGCACGUGUCCAUGUUGAAAGAGCAAUUCAGCGGUUGAAGCUCUUUAGAAUACUGAAGGGCCAUUGCCCUGGGAGACACUGGCUGUCGUUGAUGACAUAAUGAUAAUAAUAGCUGGAAUCGUUAAUCUGUCUGCACCUGUGCUUGCAGACAAAAGAUUCACGUGAGCGUACAGGCAGUCAUGUGUAUGUGAGGCUAUGGCUCAACGAUUCCAGCCAGUUGCUCACCUCAGAACCAUAAAUAUGUGGAAUUUUCUACAAAUAUAAGUGUAAGUGAGCACAAGUACUGUGCCUAUUACAGUAGACUCCCUUUAAAACAAACCUGAAAGGACCAAAACAUUUGUCUUAACAGAAGUGCCCUAAAAAAGAUAUGUUAGCAUGCUAGGGAACUAUAAACAUAUGUUACAUGAAAACUGUGAGUAGCAUAGCCUUUCAGAGAGAGGAUAAUUAGAAACGGAGCAUUUAUUGCAAUAUGUUUGAAGUGAGCUGAAGAUUGAGCGCAUGAACCAAUCUGCAUUAUCCUACCUCGAAAUGUAAUAGUCGUUUUAGCUUUAUUUUGCCAUCUUCUUUUUUACUGUUUUGGCACCAUUUUGGUGCCUAUGUAUUCUUUCGAAAUUGGUUUUGUUCCUGCAACCUUUUUUCACUGCCGUCUUGUAGAGGGGGCUGCAGGCCCCUGUCAAGCUGCCAUUUGCUAAGGCAGCUUUUAGCUGCAGCCGGCUCCAUCUUUUUUGAUUGGAAAUAAACUUAUGUCAGCGCAGCUUCCCACUUGCAUGCUUCUCUUGCUUAACAAUACAGCUGGAUUGUUUGUUCUGAGUCUUAUGUGAUUGACCACGAAAAUGCACGCAUUCUUCCAUGUUUAUUUUUGAUGGUUUCUUACUGCACAUACUUAAAAAGUGCAGGCAAAUAGUGCGUAAAAUACACAUACUGCAGCCGCUGAAUCAAGCUGUCAAUAAAUGAUACGCAUUUUUUCACAUGGAUAACUAAAGAUUCCACUUCACUGUACACAAUGAGGUCUACUUGCGUCAAAUGCAAAAGAAACAUCCCCAAUUGCACUUGUGUGUAGUAGGAAUGUGUAGACCUCAAGGUAUAAUUUUCGCCUUGGGACACAAUGUAUGGCAGUUUCUUUUGCUUCAAAAGUUGUGCAAUGCUUUCCGUUUUGCCACGUGUUGGACUCUUAAUUUCCAGCAACAUGGCCGGCUUUCCGUGCCUGAAAACAAUCCCAUCUGGGCUAAAGCCGGGACUAUAGGGUUCACAACAAGGCCCACUGUCGACACUGCAUUGCCAGUGUUAAGUGCAUACUCUUCGAGAGCUGGCUUCUCGCACGCCUUGCCAUAUCUCGUGGCGUCGUUUCCUUGAAAGUUCUGCGUCAACAGUUUUUCAAUUUAGUUUUGCCAGCUGUUUGUUGGCGAUGGCACAAAUCUGUACAAUGUAUGGCACUUGCUUCCUGUUAUUCUGAGCAUUCGCUCUCUUUGCCACUGCGUACUGUUUUGCCCAGCAGUCUCAGCACAAAUUCUAACUGCUUGUGGUGAGCUCACAGCAACCAUGUCCUUAUAAAAUUUUGCUACCCGAGCACUCAAAUUGUUUAUAUCAGCUCUGUAAAUUCUAAGCUUAUCCCAGUCUCUGAACGCAAUUUCAUGGAACAGAAGUUGCUCAAACUUUUGUGCAUGCUGGCUGGUGAGCAUGUGCUGCACAAUCUGGUCCGGCUCACAGCCUGUGUUUUCACAGUGCACAUUCAUGGCACUAACUUCAACAUCUUCGCUUUGAAGGCAGCGGCCCAUCACAUGUCUUGCUAGGGCGCUUUGUGGAGCAGCAGCAAUAAGCCGCUGUCGGAUUGCAUUGAGUUUCUGUUGAUCCAACCGGGUCCUUGAAGUAUGCUGCACGUGGCACAAGUCCUUAAUUUUUCUGGGCUUGUAGAUGUUCUUUGCUUUCAACUUGCCCCAUGCUUGUUUUACAUCGGUGCAAGUCAGCAGGUCCAGGUUCUGGACACCAGUUCUGCAGCAGUGAACACAAUGUAUUACAGGUAAAUAAAUGAUUUGCAAGUACAACCCAAGAAUCCUGUGACAAAAGGCCAGCACAUUCAUACAGAUACAACUAACUGUUCAUCAAUUUGUGUUUCACUGUACGUUGAAACUUGACUGCAACUUAGGUACACAUAUGCAAAAGAGAUCACUGUUAGCUUACGAAUUGUCUUUGUACAUGCUUACCUGUGUGUAAAAAGCAACAUCGCAACCAUGUGCUUGCAGCAUUUCGAGUUGCCUGCUUUGCAAGAGCAGUGGCCCUGUAAGAAAAAAAAAAUUGUUACUUCAAUGCAGGACAUGUUAUGUGAAUAAACGUGAUGUAUUGCUCUUUC